AUGGCGAUUGAGACCCUCUUGGAUCUCAACGACACUUCGCUGGAGGAGCUGAUCGGGAGACUCAAGGCAGCGGAGGAGCGGUUCAACCUUGGUGGGACUGGGUCCGUGGCGCGACUCAAUCUCACCGAGGACGAGUUGGUGGCCCGCGUCGUGUCCAAGCUGCAACUCUCGGGCGAAGGUGCAUCUGGAGGAGGAAAGGCCUCUUCAAAGAAAUGA